AUUUCUUGGAGCACAACCUAGAACUUUCCACAGACCCCCCAGCUCCCCUGUGUGCCUUGGGUUAAGGCUUUGUUAUCCUGCAGGGCACACUUGAGCUAAAGACCUGUCCACCUGGAUUCUUUAAUUUCCUCUAAAGUGAAGAGUACUAACAAGCUAAGCAAAGUUGAUAGGGGACAAAGGAGACAUAGCCCUUGUUCCCUGGCUUCCCCUGCUCAUCAAACUCUCCCGUACUCACUGCUCAAGUGUCUUGAAUUUCUUCCUAAAACUCUACACAACCUUGUGUCUGGUCUGUUAUUCUAUACUUUUCAAACCUACCCAUCCUAGACUAACCCCCAGCUUCAUCUCAGGAAGGAAAUAGUUAAAGAUCCCUGCCCUUCAGGGCCUGGCGGGGGCAGCAGCAUCGCAGCUUGGUGGCUGCUCCCUGGAGGGCAGGCGGGAUAGCGCUCCUGCAGUUCGGUCCCAGAGUAGAGAAGGUCUGGGAGUCUGGAGCCUAAGGAGGAUCGCGGGAGGCGUGUUCCUCCAGAGUUUGCUUUUCCUUGGGAGCCUCGCGCCCACACCCAUCCCCUCUGGUCUGGCAGCUGUGUCUAAAGAGGUGGGGAGCCUCUCUCUGAUCCAACGGACCAUCGCAGGAGCUUGCAGGCUGAGCGAGAUCUCCUCUAGAGAAGCCGGGCCGUCCUGGGAAGUUUCCUCCAGCCGAGACUGGGCUGCAGCCCUGGUCGCGCGCCACCCUCGAACUCCAGCUCAGGCUCCGUCUGGCUCCGGCGCGGACCUGGCGCUGUCUGCGUCCGAGGAGCUCUAAGGGGAAGGAAAGGUGUGAGACCAACAUAACAGGACGUUUCUUCAGAUCCACAUUAAGAUGGGUGUCCUUUGCUUUCUGGCGUCCUUUUGGCUGGCCCUGGUGGGAGGCGCAAUCGCUGACAAUGCUGAGAGAUACAGUGCUAAUCUAAGCAGCCACGUGGAGGACUUCACCCCUUUUCCAGGGACAGAGUUCGACUUUCUGGGCACCACCCUUCGACCCCCUAAUUUGGCCCUGCCUAGCAAUGGCUCAAUGCAUGGCUAUUGCCCACAGCAGACAAAAAUCACGACGGCUUUCAAAUAUAUCAACACUGUGAUAUCCUGUACCAUUUUCAUCGUGGGAAUGGUGGGGAACGCCACUCUCCUAAGAAUCAUUUACCAAAACAAGUGUAUGAGGAACGGCCCCAAUGCGCUCAUAGCCAGCCUGGCCCUUGGAGACCUUAUCUACGUGGUCAUUGAUCUCCCCAUCAAUGUGUUUAAGCUGUUGGCGGGGCGCUGGCCUUUUGACCACAAUGAUUUUGGAGUGUUUCUCUGCAAGCUGUUCCCCUUUUUGCAGAAGUCGUCCGUGGGCAUCACUGUCCUGAAUCUCUGCGCUCUCAGUGUGGACAGGUACAGAGCAGUGGCUUCCUGGAGCCGGGUUCAAGGAAUCGGGAUCCCCUUGAUUACCGCCAUUGAAAUUGUCUCCAUCUGGAUCCUUUCCUUUAUCUUGGCCAUCCCAGAAGCAAUCGGCUUCGUCAUGGUACCCUUCGAAUACAAGGGCGAGCAGCACAGGACCUGCAUGCUCAACGCCACGACCAAGUUCAUGGAGUUUUACCAAGACGUGAAGGACUGGUGGCUCUUUGGAUUCUACUUCUGCAUGCCCUUGGUGUGCACAGCAAUCUUCUAUACCCUCAUGACCUGUGAGAUGCUCAACAGAAGGAAUGGGAGCUUGCGGAUUGCCCUCAGCGAACACCUCAAGCAGCGUCGAGAGGUGGCAAAGACCGUCUUCUGCUUGGUUGUCAUCUUCGCCCUGUGCUGGUUCCCUCUUCACUUAAGCCGAAUUUUGAAGAAAACCGUCUAUGAUGAGAUGGAUAAGAACCGGUGUGAACUGCUCAGCUUCUUGCUGCUCAUGGAUUACAUUGGCAUUAACCUGGCAACCAUGAACUCUUGCAUAAACCCAAUAGCUCUGUAUUUUGUGAGCAAGAAAUUCAAAAAUUGUUUUCAGGCCUUGCUAUGGUCCUUCAUAAAGAGGUGUCAACAGCACCCACAGCUGGGUCUGUAGUGAGGGUCACCUGAAGUACUGACAGAUACCAAGCACCUCGUAAGGAAUUCACUGAUGAAGAAGCAGGCCCUCCAGGUCCUUUCCUCGCUGGAAGAGCCCUACCUCCAACCAGCACUGCUGUCCCUCCCCUUAAACACAAGGAACAGAACCAAAAUAAAAAGCAGGAGACCUUUGCUCCUAGUCUCUGCCUGGCCGUGACAGCUCUGGCUGUCCUUGUCUGUCCUUGGCUGUCCAUGGGCAUCUCUCACUGGAUGGCCCGUGCUUUCAUGUGUGACUCAGAAUGAUCGGCAGGCUGACUGGGUAAUUUACACACACAUUCUCUUUCUCUCUCGCUUUCCCACCCGCAGUCAUGCCUCUGUUGCUGUUGUCACCAGUCCAAAAGCCUCAUGACCUCGGUCCCCAUGAAUGGAACGAGUAUCCAGUGGAAGAACCAGGAGCAGAACCACAACACAGAACGGAGCAGCCACAAGGACAGCAUGAACUAACCCUGUGCAGAAGCACCGAGCAGUGUGCCUUCGAGUCCCAGGAUGAAACGGUCACGCAGCAGCUGCGCUCCCAAAACCUCCCAGGUCUCUCCCCUGCUUUUUGUCUAAGUCCAGCCUAAGAGAAGAAAUGCUCUCCUGCCCUCCCAACAGCACAUGACGGACCGGUUCCACUCACAGCCAUGGGUCUUUCCUGAGUACUGUCCAUGAUUUGCAUACCGUGCCUGUCAUUUCCAACACUUGAAAAUCAGGACAACUGAGGGGGAAGGUGACAGUUCAAGGAAACCAUGUGUCUGCCACCUUUGCUUGAACACAGAGUUUGCACGUUCAUUUCCAGCUUCCGUGCAGUUCUAUGGAACAGCCAGUGGGCACUGUUCAUCCUAAGAUUCUAGAGCAGUGGUUCUCAACCUUCCCAAUGCUGCAGCCCCUUAAUACAGUUCCUUAUUUCCCAGUGACUCCCCAACCAUAAAAUUUUGUUGCUACUUCAUAACUAUAAUUUUGCAACUGUUAUGACUUGUUUUAUCUAUCUGAUAUUUCUGAUAGUCUUAGUCUGCCCUGGUGAAAGGGCCAUUCAAUUCGAAAGGGGUCACAACCUACAAGUUGAGAACUACAGCUCUAGAAAUUAUGUUGAAUUUGAAGCCCCGUGUCUAAAAUCCUAUAACUGGAGAGGUGAGGGAAGAUGAUCAGGUGUUCAAGGACAGACUCAUUUACAGAGUUCAGAAAAGCCAGGGCUACAUAAGAUUCUCACAAAAAUACAAACAGACAAAAAGUGUUUAAAAGUUAUGACAAGAUUCAUUAUUUUUUUACAACCAAACACAUUGUGAGGUUGAAGUAUUCUUUUGGAAAUGACAUUCAGUGUUGGGAUUUUAUAACUGCGUGGCACCUUAGAAAUGAUUGUUUCCUCUUCUAUACAUGCACUUUGAAAAAGAAGUGAGGAGGAGAAAGAGGAGGAGGAGGAGGAGGAAGAGGAAGAGGAGGAGGAAAGGGAGGGCAUCUGAUAAGGAACUAGGUUCUGUUUCUAGGGUACUGCUUUGUUUGGAAAAGAUGAUUUCCAAAGGUGACCAAUUACCACCAGUCAGUCUAAUAACUGUUAGCCAAAGAAUUUUUAAGAACCUGUAUUUUCUUCUUAUGUUGUUGUUUGGUUGGGUUUUUUGCUUGAGGCUGGCCUUGAAUUCACAGAGGUCUUCCUGCUUCUGCCUCCAAGGGCUGGGAUUGAGGACACGUGCCUAGUACUCUAGCUUGGGUAUAUGUUUAUGCUAAAUUAAAAAUAAUAAUAAUACUUAGGAGCUAGGCAAGGUGGCGCAUGCCACAAGCUUCCUACUCUUAACAUCCUGAGGCUGAAGCAGGGGGCUGUGAGUGGGCGAGUGCCCACACUAACUAGAGGUACUUGCCUCCAAAUAAUAAUAAUUAAUAAUAAUACUUAGGGCCAAUGGUUCUCUCUUUCAUAAGCCCAGUCCUUUGUAAUGUGUUUUUUAAUGUGAAACCAUGUCCUGCAGCUUACAUGUCACUGAAGUAUGGCGAGACUUCCAGCCCUACGUCAGAAGCAUUCCUAGGAAAAACAUGCUGGCUGGUUCUGGAGGGCCUGGACAUCUCGUACAAGCUCCACAGUAGUAGCACAUAUAUAAUGCAUGCUUCCUCCUACGCUCUCAGGUCCUCCUACUGUGAGGACUGGCUACACUCCUGCCCAUGCCUUCUUCCAGACAGGAAACAAUGUCUGAGUGGCCAAAUGAGCUGAUUGUGUCAGGCGAAAUGGACACCACCGGCCAUGAACCUUUAACUCUUUGCUCCUCUAUGAUUGUGAGACGAACUUAAAUUUUCAUCCUGUCCCCAACUCCUCAGUGGUCACUAUUUCAAAGGGCCCAUGGUAAGUUACUACUGGGCAUUUUCCCAGAUGUUUACAGACUGUGAGAACAACAAAUGUCUUUUAUUUUGUGUGUAUAUAAAUAUAUAAAUAAUUGUACAUUUCUUUUAGCCAAAUUUUCUGUGGUUAUCUCUAUGGAGUGUGUGUGUGUGUGUGUGUGUGUGUGUGUGUGUGUGUGUGUGUGUGUGUUGUGGUACAUAUAGAUCUGGUGUAAUCUUAGAAUGCCCUGUGUUUGUGCCAAAACACAUAUUGGGAGUGGAUUCUAGGUGAUUACUCAUUAUACUACCCACUUUGGUCAGUUCUUACACAUAAGAAUCUCAAGCCUCCCACACUUGCUACUUAGCUACUAUUACAGAUCUGAGAGCUGCCAUGCAAGGGAAAGUGACUGCAGGAGGGAUUUGUUAGGUUGGAUGAUCUGACCAAGUAGGAUUCCGUCAUAGCCUUGUCCUUGCUGGAGCAGGAUUCCCUGUCAUAGCCUUGUCCUUGCUGGAGCCAAGAGUCCUAUACUUGGAAGUAUUACACUUUUCUCUUUACUCCCUUGGGUGUUCUUUUUGUUUCUGUUUUUUACUGUUUGCUCUGGGGAUUAAGCCCAGGACCUCUGCUAUGCUAGGCAAGUGCUCCACAACCCCAAGGAAGUAUUAUUUUGUUCUAGUCCCCAGUGGUAGUGCAACUGACAAGUCACCUGGAGUUUCUGUCAGAUAAUCGGUGGAAAACUAGCUAUCUUAAUUUUUGCAUCAUAUUUUAAUACAGUUAAAAAUGAAUCAAAUAUCAAAAUCAAGAUUAAAAAGUGCAUCAAGUUGCAGUUGCUUGAAUUUCAGGGCUGAGAAAUACUACCCCUGUAUGUUAGUAGUCAAGUGUGCCACUGAGUAACACACACCCAUACAUGCCUAGAGUAAGACAUAGAUGCAAACAGUUUUGUUUAUUAGACCAUUAUCUUGUAAAAGAUGCUUUGUUUUUUAUAUAUAAAAUGUAUUUUUUAUUCAGAACAUCGUAGGUCUGAAUACACAGGCUUCAGUGUGCAUUUUGUUUAUGACUGGUAAUGAUUUACUCAUGAAAACAGUUCACCACAUUUCCGACAAGGAACUUUGUAGAAAUGAUCCAGAAGCUAAGGGCCUGUGUUGGCAGUGGCCCAUUAAACAGAAAAUAAAAGUUUACAGAAGCUUU